CCCUUCUCUCGCCGGUGGCUCCUCCCGCCGCCGCCGUUCCUGGGGCCUUUCCGGCCCUUUGUGCCCCCGCGCGGCAGCGGCCCCCGAGAAAUGGUUGGGGUGUAACGGAAUAGUCAGCGGAGCAACAUGAACCGUGAAGAUCGGAAUGCGCUGCGUAUUAAAGAAAGAGAGAGGCGUAAUCAAGAAAUUCAACAGGGUGAAGAAGCUUUCCCACCUAAUUCUCCUCUUUUUGCUGAACCAUAUAAAGUUACCAGCAAAGAAGAUAAAUUGUCUAGCCGUAUCCAAAGCAUGCUUGGAAACUAUGAUGAAAUGACGGAUCUUAUAGGUGACCAGUCUCUCCAAAAACUUGUUAGAAUUCCCAAACCAACAGUUCCAUCAACAACAGAUGACAAAUCAAACCAAAGUUUCUUUGGUGAUCAGAGACACAAUACUGGCUCUCAUCAGAGCAGCAAAUGGACGCCUGUGGGUCCAGCGCCUAGCACUUCUUCCCAGUCACAGAAACGGUCCUCAGGUUUACAGGGUGGACAUAGUAGUCAACGCAGCAGUGGUAACAGCACUAGCAAUAGUGGACAGAGGCAUGAUCGUGACUCAUAUAGCAGUGGUGGAAGCAGCAGUAGCCGCAAAAAAACUCAGCAUGGAUCAGAACAUUCAAAAUCCCAUUCUUCCAGUCCUGGAAAAACAUCUGUUGUUCCUUCUCUGAACCCCAGCCAUUCCAGAUCUCAUGGAAAUGAUCAUCACAGUAAGGAACAUCAGCGAUCCAAAUCUCCACGAGACUCAGAUGCUAAUUGGGAUUCACCUUCCCGUGUACCUUCUUUUUCUAGUGGUAGCCAGUCUUUUCCUCCUUCACUCAUGUCAAAGUCAAAUACAAUGUUGCAGAAGCCUACUGCCUAUGUAAGACCUAUGGAUGGUCAGGAAUCUAUGGAACCAAAGUUAUCUUCUGAACACUACAGUAGCCAGACUCAUAGCAACAAUAUGAACGAACUGAAGCCUAGUAGCAAAGUGCAUCUAACAAAGCUGAAAAUUCCUUCUCAACCGCUUGAUGCAUCAGCAUCGGGUGAUAUGAGCAGUGUGGAUGAGAUUCUAAAAGAGAUGACCCAUAUUUGGCCACCGCCACUUACUGCGAUACACACACCCUGCAAAACUGAACCUUCGAAGUUUCCAUUCCCAACGAAGGAAACUCAGCAGUCUAAUUUUGGCACUGGGGAUCAAAAAAGAUAUAAUUCUUCACUGAAAACAUCUAAUGGCCACCAGUCUAAGUCAUCCGAAUCGAACCAGACCAAUGUUCUGAUAAAUGAUCUGAAACUCAGCAGCAGUGAAGACAGUGAUGGUGAACAGGAGUUUGAUAAGACAGUACCAAGAGGCACACCUGGAAGUAAUUCUGAGCCUUCCCAGCAUACAAGUGAAGGAGCAGAUAAUUCUAGGGAUGACUCCAGCAGCCAUAGCGGAUCUGAAAGCAGUUCUGGUUCAGACUCUGAAAGUGAAAGUAGUUCCAGUGACAGUGAGGCAAAUGAGCCAUCUCAAAGUGCAUCUCCCGAGCCUGAGCCACCUCCAACAAAUAAGUGGCAGCUUGACAACUGGCUAAACAAGGUGAACCCACACAAAGUAUCACCAGCUUCUUCUGUUGACAGUAACAUCCCAUCAACUCAAGGUUACAAAAAAGAGGGAAGAGAUCAGAGCACAGGGGGAGGAUAUGCAGACCAAAGUGGAUCAAAGGAUUCCAUAUCCUCCACACCCGGGAGAGAUUCAAAAGCCAGCCAGAAAGCAUCAGAGAGCAGUCGUGGUCGACAGAAGUCACCUGCUCAAAGUGACAAUGUGAUCCAAAGGAGGACUGUAGGCAAAAAACAACCCAAAAAAGCAGAGAAACCAUCAGUGGAGGAGCCCAGAGGAGGCCUGAAAAUAGAAAGUGAAACCCCACUGGACAUCGCGACAAGCAUACCCUCUAACAGGCAUAAGGCAGCCACAAAAGGCCUUAGAAAACCAAACAUAAAGAAGGAGCCUAAACCGUCCCCUCGGCCUACCACAGAGAAAAAGAAAUGCAAGGUGGCAAACAAAUCCACCCAGAAAUCUAAAGAAUUCAUUGAAACAGAUACCUCCUCCUCUGAUUCUGAUGAGAAUGAGAGCCUGCCUCCUUCAUCACAAACCCCCAAAUAUUCUGACAGCAAUAGGACUCCUGUUAAACCCUCCAUGGAGGAGGAUGACAGUUUUUUACGGCAAAGAAUGUUCUCUCCUAUGGAAGAGAAGGAACUCCUUUCACCACUCAGUGAUCCUGAUGAAAGAUAUCCCCUUAUUGUGAAGAUUGACUUGAGCCUCUUAACCAGAAUACCAGGGAAGCCUUACAAAGAGACAGACCUAUCAAAAUUAGAGAGGAAAAAUGUGUGUGAGAAGCAUCCAAGGGAACCCCAGAAAAUAACUUCUGACAAAAGUUCAAACAAGGGCAGAAAAAAGCAUAAAUUAUGUCAGAAUGCAGAAGACAGCAGAGGCACUGAAAGCAAGAAAACUAAACUGGAAGAAAAACCUUCUUCAGCACACAAGACCUCUAGUAAUAGAGAAUCUUCAAAGCAAAGUGCUGUUAAAGAGAAGGAUCUUCUCCCAUCUCCAGCCACAACUUCAGCUGCUGCAAAAGAUCCAAAGCAAGAGCAUGGGUCUCGGAAGAGAACUAUCAGUCAGUCUUCUUCCUUGAAAUCAGGCAGCAACAGUAAUAAGGAGAGUAGCAGCACUAAAAGUAGCUCAUCUAAGCAAAAGAAGACUGAAGGAAAGGCCUCAAGUAACACUAAAGAAGCAAAGGAAAAGGCUUUAAAUAAUUCUUCAAAUUGUCCUUCUGCCUCCACAUCAAGUUCUGAUAGUUCAAAGUCCCGAAGAGCAAAGCUUGUAUUUGAUGACAGAAGCUACUCAGCAGAUCACUACUUGCAAGAAGCAAAGAAAUUAAAACAUAAUGCUGAUGCAUUGUCCGACAGGUUUGAAAAAGCUGUUUAUUACCUUGAUGCUGUAGUGUCAUUUAUUGAAUGUGGGAAUGCAUUGGAGAAAAAUGCUCAGGAAUCCAAGUCCCCAUUCCCUAUGUAUUCUGAAACUGUGGAGCUAAUCAAGUACACUAUGAAGCUAAAGAAUUAUUCAGCACCAGAUGCAACUGCUGCAGACAAAAGGCUAGCAGUACUGUGUCUCAGAUGCCAGUCCCUCUUAUAUUUAAGACUUUUCAAGCUGAAGAAGGAGAGUGCAUUAAAGUAUUCCAAGACACUGACUGAACAUUUGAAGAAUUCCUACAACAAUUCUCAAGCACCAUCACCUGGUAUGGGAAGCAAACCUGUCAGUAUGCCAUCUCCAGUUUCACCGAAAUUGUCUCCAGGGAAUUCAGGAAAUUACUCAUCAGGGUCAACCAACCCUUCAGGGAGCGCUUCUUCAGUGACUAUUCCACAGAGGAUACAUCAGAUGGCAGCAAGCUACGUCCAGGUUACUUCCAAUUUUCUGUAUGCCACUGAAAUUUGGGACCAAGCAGAUCAGCUUGCCAGAGAACAAAAGGAAUUUUUUGCUGAACUGGACAAAGUUAUGGGCCCUCUGAUUUUUAAUGCAAGUGUUAUGACAGACCUAGUACAUUACACCAGACAGGGAUUACAUUGGUUGCGUUUGGAUGCCAAGUGAUAACUGGACUGAAGAAGUCUACAGCAUAGAAGAGACUUAUCUUGCUGCCUCUGAUUUUUUUUCAACACUGUGUCAUAAAAAAAUAAGGAAGACUGCCAUAAUGAAAGCAAAGAAAGUGAAAUCAAAGAGAAAGGAACACUUUCCUGUGUCUCCCAGCAUCAUGUGUGUAAGAACCUCCAAACAUCGUGUUAAUGAACUUUUUCAGCUGACCCCAUUUUAAAAAUAUUUAAAAAUAGUUUAAACUCUGCAAUGUUUUAAUAUAAGGUGGAUUCGUUGAUUUGCAAUUGGAUCGGAAUUCUAAUAAUUAUGCCUAACAAAUCUGUUUUAAAACUUAUUUAUUUUAAUUUGUUUUUGAAAGCUGUAUUUUGGGGCUGGUUUAAAACUUAGCUGUUUUUCCUAUGAAUUUUACCUAAUCAAGUACUUAGUGAAGAUUAAAUGUAGACACUUUAUUUAAGUAUUCUGUGAGCUUUGUUAUUCUGUAAUGUCUUGUGAUGGUGGAGCUUGUAAGAGAAAGUCAGGGUUGAUAGAUUCUAAAGUGUAGAGACAUAUUUUCAUGCAUAUUUAAGUCAACCCUUAAUGAUGGCCACAGUUUUAUUGAUGUGCUAAGUUCCAAGGUUAUAACUUCAUCAUCAAUUAAAUCAUUUUAAGUCAAAAUAUUCAAGGAUUUGUAUGGAAAAUCAGUUUUGAAACACAUGUCUUAACACUAAUAAUCUCAGUACAUUACAAAACGUUGCAUUUAAUGCAAUAUUCAAAGUGAUGUGGGUCACAAUGGACUUCAGUCUCCAAGUAUAAAGUAGGAAUGGUUUCAGAUGGACAAUCUUGUGCUUUGGUGCAGCCUCUUUAUUUCCUUGCUUGCAAUUGUUAGACACCAAAGCUUCUAACAGUAAUUCCUAUGUGAAACUGAUGUGCUUCAUCAGAAAAUGCAAUGUGUGACAAACAUCUGUCUUUUGUCUCCGUCAGAAUUAUGUAAUGGACAACACGGGGUAGAGAGUAGACCUGUGAUUACAGGGACAUUUUAAGCUGUUUGGUCUAGUUAAUUUGAAAUUUUGCUUUUAUGCCAUUCUGUGGCACAUUCAUUAAUGUUAAAUGUUUGUGAUGGGAACAGAAUAUUUAGUUAUAAAGAAAUAACUGUGAUCAGCAAGAAUCAUGCAUGGAAAUCUGCUUUAAGGUUACUAAGCAAGGUACCUUUUCAUAGAAGGUGCUUAUCUGACUAAAAGAAAAAAUACUGCUUUAGCGUCCCUAUCAUGUCUGGUGUGCCUUAUGCCUUUUUAGAUGAAGAUUUUAAAUACUGUUUACAAGAGGUUUUACACUUAGGACCCAGUAUUAUUAUAUCCAGUCGGUCUCCAGCAGUAAAAUUGUACUUCCUUUUCCUAAUUCUAGUGGCUGUCAUUUGUUGACAAUACAUGUUUCUUGUGCUUUAGAGUCAGACUUUAAACCCUUUCAGUGUGGAAUUAUGAUAUGCUGCUUUGCCUGCCCUUGUCCCUAAAACCCACCCAGAUGUGAACAUGCAUGUUCAAGAAAACAAUUGCACUAAAAUUAUGUCUAGCUGUAUAGCUAUGUGCCAAAAUGCUGGCGAGUUUUGAAAGAAGGAUAGGAUUUUACAUCAAUUAGUAUUGCAGUGUGUCUUUGGGACAGUGAAAGUUCAGUAGCUUCAUAAAUUAUAAUAACUAAACAAUAGCUUGUAUAUUCAUAGAGACUUGUAUCCUGAUGGGAUACAUGUUUUCUUUUAUACCCUGAUUCUUUGGAUCUGUUAGGUUGAAAUUGCUAAUCACUUGAUUUGUAUUCAUAAUCGUUAUAGCUUACUGUUGCACCCUGCAGCACAAGAAUGCAUUGUGAGAGCAGAAGAAAAAAUCAUGUAGGCACAUCCAUACAGCAUUUCUUUUUAUACAGAAAAAUAUAUUAUGGUUUUGUCAUGUAAGUGAUCAAAUUAUCACUGUAAAUUUUCUUUGUGCAAAAUCAGUUAAUCAAUAAUGAGAAAAUCCGUAUGUCUGUAUGAAAUUGCAACAUACUCGUGUUUCUUUCAGUCAGUGUGAGCAGCUGUCUUGGGGAAGCUUCUUUAAAUCACUCCCUUAGCAAACAGCUCAUUGUAUUUACUCUCACCACAGAGAUUAAAGUGUUUCAAUUAAAAAAAAAAUUUUUUUUAGCAGGCUUCCAGUGUUUAUUUCAUGUGAGCUGCUUGAGUAAAAAUAUCAAUUGUGAAAAGCAAUUUUAAAAUAUAUGCAUUUUCAUAAACUAUAGAUUCCAGAGGAAGAGCACAGAUUCCUGCUAGUAUCCAAUAAUAAAUAGCUAAUUUUCCAUGACUAAUUUUCCUGCUAAUAUCAAAAGUCAACAUCCUUGACAUUUGAAAGUGCCUGACACAUUUAUUAUAGUGAAACCUUUACAUCAUCCUGGAGUGGAUUAUAGGCUCUUUUCUUAUAAGGUGCUGCAAUGAUCAUUUGACUAAUUUGCUUGCUUUUGUACCCAUUUAACAUAGACUGGCAGUAAGAAGAUGUCUCUUUUUUAUCUAUUGUUUUUAAAACUAGAAUAGUAUAUAUCAGACUGAAUUUUUUUAUAUAUCUCCAGAUACAUCCUAAGUAUUUGUCUUUUUAUUAAUUUAGCAAGGCUUCUCUAGGUUUAAAUAUACUUAAGCUACAGUGCAUUAUCUGUUGUAAUAUAUGCCUCAUAGAGGUAUUAUCUGGGUGUCCUAAAUAAACAGGGAUACUGUUCUUUCUCCAAUUCAAGGAUCAGUCCAGUUUUCAACCAACUGAAAUCAAAUUAUCAACUUUUAAAAGACCAUCUAAUUUAAGAAUUCAAUUGUCUCAGGAGUGCAUGAGUAAUUUGCCAAAGUUAAUUGUUAAGUGCAAGGAAGUAAUAAACUUUUUAAAGUGCAAAGGCAAGUGACUGUCCUUAAUCUGCGCUUUAUUGGGUUGGACUUAAUCUGUAUUGAACCCAUCGCGUGUACAUCUUGAGCACUAACAGAGAUUGUUCAAUUAUUUUCAUUUGAAAACUCUGGAAUAUUAUAUAUUAUCGAGUCCAUGACUGAGUAUUAACACAUAUCAGUGUUUUAGUAUAUCCCAGUGAUGCGUCUUUAUAAGAUGGCUUAAUACUGUACAUCUGAGUGAGCAAAAUGGCUUGCUUCGGUGCACACGUAAUUUUGAUUCUCUCCGCUGCCCCCCCCCCAAAAAACCCUUGCUGGGUUUUAGGAGAAAAAUUCCUGAAUGGUAGCAUGAAAUCUACAAGAGGAACUUGAAAUGUUUUGCAAGAGUGCUGGCAGUGAAUUUGUCAGACAGUGCUAUAUCGAGAAGUUACAAAAGUUUCACUUUGGGGGUUAGAAAUAGGUUAGAAGACAAUUGGCACAUUCCAAACUAAAAUCAGUGUUCUGAUGGCAGAUCUUGUCUAGGACCCAAUGAUUUUGUAGAUACUUGGCUACUUCAUUUUGUAUCUUAAAUGAAUAUUCAGAGUUCUUAGACUAAAUGACCCAACAUGUUCAGAUAAAUUUAAAUCUCUUACCUAUAAAGAAGAGCAAAUGGCUGUAGACCUUUUGACAGCAGUAUGCAAUUUGUAAUAUACAUGUUUCUAAUACAUAUAUCUACAUGCAUUAAUAGAUGAAAUCAAGCCUGUUCAAAGUUUGUUAUACAUGUGUUAGAUUAUAGUACAUCUGACUAUAUCAGUAUAUUUAUUGAGUGCUGAGCCAUCCUCAUUUUGAUGAUGGCGAUAAAUUUUGCAUAUUAUGCAGGAAUGCUUUCAGUUUCUUUAGAUUAUUGAAGCUUGAUUGCUGUGAUUUUAUACAAAACAACCCCUAUAAAGAGUGUUAUGAGUGGUUGCAGUCAUAUGGAACCAAUAAGUAUAUUUGCUUGCCUAAGGCAAGUCACAGCUGCAGCAGAUAACUAUAGUUUGCCAAAUUUGGCAGUUUAUGGGAAAUACUACCUUUGCUAUAUAUAUUAAUAAUCCCUUGCACUGUCAUCAACCCUGCAGUAUUUUUUAUUAAAGUGGCUUAAAUGGGCCUGAGCAAAUCAAGUUGAAUACAUUUUACUAAUGGAAGGAGAAGGCAACAUCCAAACCCUAUGAUAAGAGUCUUGAAUAGCAAAUAUUUCAUAAAUAUUUGGGUCAAGGACAUAAUGAUUUUAAAUUGAGCAGAAAUCAGUAUUGUGGGAAAUUUGAGUUUUCAGUAAUUCAACAGUAUACUUUACUAGUGAAUACUACUAUACAACUUUACUUUUUCCCUAGGCUGUAGCAAAUGCAGCUUAGCUGUAUAGUACAAAGCAUGAUGAUCAGUUUCAUUCUUUAGGAUAAGUUCUGGGUAUUUAGGGCAUUUUAAAAUAGCAGUGAUGGGAGAUAAAUUGUUAGUAAUCUUACUGGAGUGAGGCUAUCCUGGAAAAGGCAAGCAUUUUUACUAAAUGCUUUCAUGCCCUCCACACUUACCGAUUGAUCUGAGCUUUGAACAAAUUCAUUUGCACCACUGCUUCCACUUAGAAACUUGUGGAAAUUAUUGAAAGGUUGGCUUUACUUCUUGGUUCCAUUUAAAAACCUAUUGGCAAAGCAUUUUGUUUCUGAUAAUGUGACUGCAAAUAGAACUUAUACUGGCAUAUUGGACUCAAAACCAUUUCCUCUCUCUUAGUUUGUAAAUAACAUCAAAACUGCAGCCACUGUCCCAUGAUGAUUGCAUUCAGAUGCCUGAAAACCUGGCUGCAUGGCCCAGGCAUAGUCUCUGCAAGCACAUUUGUAUCAAAACCCCCUUUUAAAUGGUUUUAAGAAGUUUUGUAUAUGGAGGAUAAAGUGCUUAUAUAUUUAUUAAAGAUUCUUUAUCUUAUUUGAAAUUAUUUGGUAAAGAAGGUUUUCUUUUCGUUUGGACAAACUUAUGGGAUGGGGUGGGAGAGAGGUUAUUUGUACCCUUUUAUCUUUUUUUAUCUUUUUUUAAAAAAAACAACAACCUUGAACAUGAAUCUUGGUACUGAUUAUGACUGGCAGUAUGGCUGUCUGUUGUGUGCAUUGUACAUGCCAUGUCCAUGUCUUACAUUUUGUUACUUAUUAUUUAGUCAUCUGUUCUCAACCAAAACUUUUAAAGUAAAACUGUGAUUUUUUUUCCUUUCCUUUCCUUUGCAAUACAUUUGAAAUUUCAAAAGGGUACUUUGGGGCUCCAAAUUAGAAUUUCUAAGUCAGUAUGUGCAUUUCACGUAUGUUAAUGGUGAGCAAAGUAUUAUAUACUAACUAGAUUUUUUUCCACAUCUGUAUAGUAUAUUCUAUGUAUUUUGUGGUAUUGAGAUUAUAGAAAGUUUAGUGUCUGAAAUAUGCGUUUAAUGUGUAUUUUUAAACAAAUUUAUGGCAAUUAAAUAUUUGGAGAAAAGGGUAUCACAUUUCAAUUUGUAAAGAUCUUUUUAACUACUGUGUCAUUAAAAUGCUUUGUACAAUGCAGAACUGUAACUGGAGAAACUAAGUUUAAUAAAUAUCAAAUAGAUUUUCUGUAUUAAACUUUAUAAGCACUGUGCUUGAAUUAAUCCUUUAGUAUGAGCCUUUCUGCCAUGGAACUGCACAUUGGAUCAGAAAAUCUUUUCUGUUUGAGAAUGGGAGCAAUUAUGAGCUGUCCUCUCAUUUCCUGAACACAGAAUAGUGGGAAGGCAACAGGACAUUUUAUCCAACUAAUGUAUUUAAAUUCACCCAAUUUAAGUAUAUUAACGUGUUUAAACUCCUACAAUUAUCACUGAAAUAUUUGCAUUAAGCUGAUUGCAGCAUUACCCACUACGCAAUGAAAGUUUGAAAGCCAUAGGAAAAAUUAAAAAGGGAAAAAACCUGGAAGAGUGUUGAAAUUGGUGGUAUUUAAAUGCCUGUUGUUAAUAAUUUAAUAAUAUGCUUUAAGUGCUUCAUUAAGGCUGGAAGGUUUUUGAAAACUUCUAGCACUAUUAAUGAUUAGAUAGAGUCAGAGUCUUGUCACUUUUGCUUCAGAAGGGUCAACUGUUGGAAAAGUCCAUUUCUUCUCAGAAUAUUUUCAUUGUAUCUUACUGUUAUGUGUCUUUCUCUUUUGGCUGGUAUGCAAGACAAAUAUCAAACUGUAGUUGCUCUUACAGAUAUUUAAUUUUUUUGCACAGAAAAAAGUACAAAUAAAAUAAAAGAUAAAAUCAGUUGAA